GUCAGUUGGCGCUGGCUGUCUACCGGAAACGGACAUAUUUCAACUGAAAAAGAAGAAAAAAAAACACAAAAAAAAUACUUCAAAUAUGUCGGAUUACGAGAGAACGCUUCUGAUCAUAAAACCUGACGGCAUGAAGCAUCGGGACACGAUCGUUCGGCGAGUCCGGGAUGCCGAAUUUACCGUACUCCAGACCAGAUUUGUUCGGCUCAGCCCAGAACAGGCGUCGGAAUUUUACAAAACCCGGCAAUGUGAUCCCUGUUACCACGCGAUGAUAGUGGCCCUAACACGUGGCCCGAUUCAGGUUAUGUGCCUUUCAAAGGUGCGGGCCGUAGAAGAAUUACUCUGGUUGGUCGGUCCCGAAUCGUAUCGGGAUGCCGUAAAGAAUGCUCCGGGCUCCCUUCGUGCAAUUUUCGGCGACAGUCGGGACGAUCUGCGGAAUGCGGUGCAUGCUAGCGAAAAUGGCGAGGCGGCCCACUUCGAGGUUAGGUUUUUCUUCCCAACCCUGAUACUGGAACCGAACUUCUGCGAGGAGAAAAUGAACCGGUAUCUGGAGGCCAUGGUUAAUCCGACCCUGAUGGAAGGUCUGUACGCUUUGGCCAAAGAACGCCCGGCUGAGCCGCUGAUUUGGCUUUCCAACUGGCUGAUCACCAACAAUCCGUACAAACCGAGCUAUCAGGCACCAAAAACGACGACUACUGUGAAGAUUGAACCCUCGAAAACCGAAAGCCCGAUGAACAAAAAGCCAUCUGACGGAAGUUCUAUGAGUCAGCAAAAUGGCGGAUCCCGAACAGACUCCAAGAGUGACCAGGGUAAGGAGCGAGAAUCGUGCUAUUGUUCCGGAUCUGAUGACUUCUGCCCUGCGUGAUAGAAGUUUGGAACCAAAUUUAGUAGUGUGAAUUAUGUUAUAAGACAGUUCAAAGUUUAUUAGGACUAUCAGAAAUUCUGUUAAGGAAACAUAUUCAAACAUGGUUUGGAAAUAAAGAAAUCUUCAAUUA